GCGGGCCCGACCCCACGCCCUUCGAUUUUCCUUUGAGGACCCUUAGGAGAGGGCAGAGGGUUCCUGUGUGCAAGCACACGUCCCUGUCUGUUGGGGAUCAGCAAAGGGAGUGAAAGACUGUCUGAAUGGGGUUGGAGGAACGUGCGAAUGGGUUCUGCCGGCUGAGCCACCCACCUGCAGAGACAACUAACUUUUCUGGGCGGAGGAGGCAGAGGGGGUGGUGGUCUUCCUGAGCCUUAGGCUUGGCUCGCGAACCCUUUAUGACUCCCCCCGGGGCCACUGCUCCCACAUCUAAGGGCAGAGCGCGCGCGCGCGCGCAUGUGUGUGUAUGUGUGCGUGGUGUGUGUGUGUGGGGGGGGGGGGACUUGGUGAUCGAGGGUCACGCGCAGGUGGCUUUGCCGCUGCGGUGGCGGCGGUCGCAGAGGCGACACCGCUGGAGGCAGAGGAGGACGGACAGCCGGCCCACCAUCGCUGCGGGCGGGUACCUCCGCUGAGCUUUCAAAUCAAGUCAUCGGGAGUUAGCAUCUUCCCACCCGGCAGGGAAGGGAGGAGUUGGCAAGAAUUUGGCUCACCCAUUCCCUCUGCAAUCCUCUGGUGUGGUGGAGCACCGAACUUCUGCCAUGACCGACACCGUGUUCAGCAACAGCUCUAGCCGUUGGAUGUGUCCCAGUGACCGACCCCUUCAAUCGGAUGAUAAAGAACAGCUCCAGGCAGGCUGGCCCGUCCAUCCCAGCGGUCCGCCCGACAGACAGAGGAAGCAGGAAGAGCUGACAGAUGAGGAGAAGGAAAUCAUCAACAGGGUGAUCGCUCGAGCCGAGAAAAUGGAAGAGAUGGAGCAGGAGCGAAUUGGGCGCCUGGUGGACCGUCUGGAGAACAUGAGGAAGAACGUGGCUGGGGACGGGGUGAACCGCUGCAUACUGUGUGGAGAACAGCUGGGGAUGUUGGGCUCCACCUGUGUGGUGUGUGAGGACUGUAAAAAGAACGUCUGCACUAAGUGUGGGGUGGAGACCUCCAAUAACCGCCCGCAUUCCGUGUGGCUCUGUAAAAUCUGCAUCGAGCAGAGAGAGGUGUGGAAGCGUUCUGGAGCGUGGUUCUUCAAGGGAUUCCCCAAACAGGUCCUCCCACAGCCUAUGCCUAUAAGGAAGACCAAGCCCCAGGAGCCUGUCAGUGAGCCUGCUGUCCCUGAGCAGGUCACUCCUGAGCCCAAGCAUGCUGCCCGGGCUCCAACCCGAGGUGACACGGAAGACCGGAGGGGCCCAGGUCAGAAGACAGGUCCUGACCUGGCCUCUGCCCCUGGGCGAGGAAGCUAUGGGCCUCCUGUGCGCAGGGCCUCCGAGGCACGCAUGAGCUCCUCCAGCCGGGACUCAGAGAGCUGGGACCAUGGCCACGGUGGGGCUGCCGCUGACUCUAGCCGGAGCCCAGCCGGUUUGCGACGGGCAAACUCAGUCCAGGCCUCCAGACCGGCCCCCGCCUCCGUGCAGAGCCCAGCCCCUCCACAGCCCGGGCAGCCAGGGCCUCCAGGAGCCAAAGCCAGCCCUGGGCCAGCAGGACGCUUUCCAGAUCACAGACCAGAGGUGGCUCCCGGUGAGCCCAGCUACGCAGGGGCCACCGCCCCAGCCCGGGAGGACAGAACAGGGGGAGCUGGGGGCUACUCAGCAGCUGGAGCCAGGGAGGACCGAGGGGGCCACCCACCGGGCCCCUAUUCCCAAGCGGCUGCUGCGGCUCCCCAGCCCGCCGUGGCCCCUGCCCGCCAGCCCCCGCCCCCGGAGGACGAGGAGGAAGAAGCCAACAGCUACGAUUCGGAUGAAGCAACCACCCUGGGUGCCCUGGAGUUCAGUCUUCUCUACGACCAGGACAACAGCUCCCUGCACUGCACCAUCAUAAAAGCCAAGGGACUGAAGCCCAUGGAUUCCAACGGCUUGGCUGAUCCUUACGUUAAGCUGCAUCUCCUGCCGGGAGCCAGCAAGUCCAACAAGCUUCGUACAAAAACCCUGCGGAACACCCGGAACCCCGUGUGGAACGAGACACUUGUCUAUCACGGCAUCACAGACGAGGACAUGCAGAGGAAGACGCUCAGGAUCUCUGUCUGUGACGAGGACAAAUUUGGCCAUAACGAGUUUAUCGGUGAGACCAGAUUCUCACUCAAGAAACUGAAGCCUAACCAGAGAAAGAACUUCAACAUCUGCCUGGAGCGGGUGAUCCCGACGAAGCGUGCUGGAACCACCGGGUCAGCCCGAGGCAUGGCCCUUUAUGAGGAGGAGCAGGUGGAACGAAUUGGUGACAUAGAGGAACGCGGCAAGAUCCUGGUGUCCCUCAUGUACAGCACACAGCAGGGAGGCCUCAUCGUGGGCAUCAUACGCUGCGUGCACCUGGCCGCCAUGGACGCCAAUGGCUACUCAGAUCCAUUUGUCAAGCUCUGGCUGAAACCGGACAUGGGAAAGAAAGCCAAACACAAGACUCAAAUAAAGAAGAAAACCUUGAAUCCUGAAUUUAAUGAGGAGUUCUUCUAUGACAUCAAACAUAGCGACCUGGCGAAGAAGUCCCUGGACAUCUCGGUCUGGGACUACGACAUUGGAAAAUCCAACGAUUACAUCGUGCAUAAUCGAAUCACAGAGGAGAGUGGGGUCUGUGGCCUCAGAAAACAGGGCGCAAAGGAAGUCUCCUUGAUCUGUUUGCAAGUCGUGGAGGAAGGUUCUAAUUUUCCCAGCAUCCCUUCAAAUGAUGAGGAAGAACAACCGGAGGCUGCCAGCUGGGGAUCUCAGCCAAGGGAGAGCGCUUAAAACACUGGUACGAGUGUCUGAAAAACAAGGACAAGAAGAUUGAGCGUUGGCACCAGCUACAGAAUGAGAACCACGUGUCGAGCGAUUAGGAUGCCCCCCGCCAGGUCCCCAGCUCCACGCCCCACCCCCAUGCCAGCUCACCCACCCGCCUACCCCAGCUGCCCUUUGCACUCUGGUCCCUCUUCUCUCCGCCUCCUCCGCCCCUCCCCUCCCUGCACCUGCCUUUGAGGUGCCCCCCCCCACCUUGGGCACCACUGCCAAAGACCUUCUCCUCCCUCCCUCUGCGAUGCUGUGGCGCGGGCCCUGAGUGCAGCCCCUCUCUGGUCCCUCUAGGAUGGGGCAGCAGGGAGAGGGAUGGCGGGAUUUUGACAAGGAGGCUGGAAUUUAAUGACCUCUCUGGGUAAACGGCAAAGGUUCCUCGUCAUUUAGAACUGUUUUUAGACCCUCCUAGCCUCGAACACACACACACACACACACACACACACACACACACACACACAACCACAACUUGCGUUUCCUGUGUCGUGUCUGCGCAUAUCCUCAGUUGUCAGCAGAUCCGGACAAGGCUGUGAGGACCCGCACUGGGGCAGAAACAGAGCAUCCAGGCCAGGCUGCCCCUCCACAGCAUUACCCCCCGCCCCCCGCUGAUGGCCAGGAAAACAGACCACGGGUUUAAACUCCCCGGUGACUAGGAACACGGCCUCCUGGCUCCAGAUGUAUCAAGAAAUGGGCGCACGGAAUACCCAACGGGAUCCGGUAGCCUCCUCUUUCAGGAUGCCCCCCCCACUUGCUUCCUAGCAAAACCCAACACCCUUUCUCUAGUGCCCCCACCCUGUCCCUCGACCUCCCUUCCCCUCUCCCGGGCCCUACACCCCACCAAACUCUCUCACCUCCUCACGCUCCUCUCUCCCGGUCCAUCUCUCUCCCCUCCUCCUUUCUCUCUCUCCAAGGGCUUCACCCAGCCUUGCCCCUCACCAGCUUGACCCAAACUGGCACAGCCCGGAAGUCCCAGUUGGGCCGUGCUUCUCAAAACUUCCACUCCUGCCGGCAGGGCCGGGUGUCCUCGGGCUGGGCCAGCGGCUGGCGACGUCGCGGGAGCUGUGUAGACCUCCUGUAGAGGGCUUCCUCGGCCCCUGGGCUCCCCAAGUAGGUGCCAAAGGCAUUUAGAAACCAGAGCUCUGGGGGCAGGGGGCCUCUCCAAAGCCCCCAGCCUUCCUCCCCCCUGUGCCGUCAGUUAAAGGAACACACGACUGCGUCCUUAGCACUCGCUGACUCUCUGCAUCUCUGGGAUCCUGUCUCUCACUCAGAAUCGCCUUGAAUCUCUCUGUCUGUGGCUCUGUCUCAGUCUCUGUGUCUCUUGCCCUUUCUUCACCAAGUUUGUCAGGGGAAGAAAACACCAUCAUGAAUGGAAAGCUUUCGAGAGUGACAGAUCCUGAUGCCAAAGGCCAUUGUCCCAUCAUGAAUCGGUCGAUCUCCCCCCCCCCCAAAAAAUAAUAAUAAUAAUAAUGGAAAGGAGGAAAAAAGCAAUGAGAAUGAAUGCUAUAAAUUUGAGGCUGGGGUCAGGCAGUCUUCAUUGCCCCACGAGAAAGGCUUGUGUUCCCCCCCCCCCGUUUCCAUUGUCUACCCCUGUGGAAAUCACCUCCUUCGGUCUAACUGCCCACCAUCAUCUAUAGACAUCACCAGAUGGACACUAACGCUCUCCCUUUCUCCAGACGCACCUUUGAACCUCUCCAUUCAAUGCCUCCACCCCCAGCUCCCUGCACAAACUCAUCGGAAGACUCUGGUUUCUCGCCUCGAAUAACCAUUUUCUGAACAUCGAGAUGGCUCUUCCCCUUCCCCAAGAUGGCCAACAGCUUCCUCGCUGCCACCCUGUCUCUCUGUCAGUCCCCGUGGCACCCACUCUCAGCCCACCUCCUUCCCACGGUUGCCCUUAGGAGAAAGCAUGCUGGCUGUGUUGCUCAAGCCCGACGCUGGUGUGGGCGCUGGAAUCGGCAUGCAGCGAGCUCACGGUGUCCCCGGUCUGGGUGCACGCUGUCCCCGACAAAUGUAACCACCUCCCUGCCUAGAAUCCACACACGCCCUCCAGUGCAUGCAGAACCUCCCACUGCCUUUCUUAGUGAUGAUGUAGCCAAAAAAUAAAGUAGGAAUAUCCAGGAAA